AUAUAGAGAAGUGUAUCAGUCUACCAGUAGACACAGAUAUAUUAGAUAACCUGUGAAUCUCUCACUACUCUGUUUGAGAGCAGCCUUUUGCCUUUGACUCUGAGUCAGUGGAAAGGAUGAAGUGUACUGUGGUCUUUCUUGUGCUGUCCAUGGUCGUAUUCAUGGCUGAACCUGGAGAGUGUAUCUUUGGAUUGCUUCUCCACGGAGCCAUUCACGUUGGCAAACUGAUCCAUGGGCUCGUUAGGCGCCAUGGGGAAGAGCAGCUGGAUGACCUAGAGCAGCUGGACAAACGUGCACUUGAUUAUAACCCUGGGCGGCCUGGUUUUGAGAUGAGGUGCAUCACCCUCUUUCUUGUGUUGUCGCUGGUGGCCCUCAUGGCUGAACCCGGGGAGGGUUUUAUCUUCCACAUCAUCAAAGGACUCUUUCACGACUUGUCAACAGGAGACGACAUGGCAUGGAAGAGCUGCAAGACCUGGACCAACGUGCCUUUGAACGAGAGAAAGCUUUUGCCUGAGUCUACGAUGGUCCAUGUCACUGGAAAGAGGAUGAGGUGCAUCACCCUCUUUCUUGUGUUGUCACUGGUGGUCCUCAUGGCUGAACCCGGGGAGGGUUUUAUCUUCCACAUCAUCAAAGGACUCGUUCACGCUGGCAAGAUGAUCCAUGGACUUGUCAACAGGAGACGACAUGGCAUGGAAGAGCUGCAAGACCUGGACCAACGUACCUUUGAACGAGAGAAAGCUUUUGCCUGAGUCUAUGAUGGUCCAUGUGAACGAGCCACUCUUUGCUUCAGAUGGGGAAAAUAUA